AUCCACCUGUGUGCAGUUGUAUUUUUGCAACCAGCUACUUCCUCUUUGUGUCUGAAAGUCUCGGGGUCGCACCCCAAACAUUCUUAAUAAGCUGCAGAAACAGGCGCAUUGUGGUCAUCUGGUCCUUCUGUUUGUGUCAUGGCUACUGCGUUCCGACUUGGGUGGCUUUUUCUACUAUUUUUAUUUGGAAAUGUAGAGCCCCAAGUGAUGUCCUCCCCCCAUAUUAACACAACAUGCCUGGGAAAUAUCCUGCGUGUGGAUGUUCGUCCACUUCCUGGCCAAUUUCUGGAAGUUUCUGUUGUUGUUGGUCACUCUGCUGUUAAGCUUACACAAAGGUUGGCAACGCGAUGUGGCUUCAGUAUGACUCACAAGCAAGGAACAAUCAUGAUCUACGCAUCCCUUCACAACUGUUUUGCUCAAAGCGCGGGGAACGGGUUCACAACGGUGUUAAAUCUCAGGCUCUAUUCUAACUCGAUGGCUCAAGAUGAUGUGUACCGGGUGGCCGAAACGUGCUCCUACGGCUCGCAGGCCUCCAGGGAGAUAGUCUGUGACCGCAACUACAUGGAGAUGUCAGUGACCAGGGUCGCUCCGGAUGAUGACGCCCUGCCGCCACGUGGUGUUGCCGAGAGGCUGGUCGCCUCUAGAUUCAAAAUGUCAUCGCUGGUGUUCUUCACACCCGAGGAGAAAAGGAUGACUCCGCAGGAGGCCCACCAGGCUGGCUACGGAAUCGCCAGCACCGCCACGAGGCUCAUCCUGCGCAGUUCCAACGCUGCGGCUGAGACGUACAUACAGCACGUAGCAGGAGUUCCCAUGUCUGUGCUGCAAGCCUCCGCCAUCUUUGGAAAAAAGUGGUUCAGAAGCCAGAUCGAUGUGGCAGCUGCUUGUCCGCUGCUAGAAGGGAGCGUUUACUUCACAGAGAAGAUGAUCAGCUGGUUCCUGCCCGCACGCAUCGACCCCGUCAUUUCAUCCAAGCAGUUCCGACUUGUAGAGGUGCACGUGGGUGUGGAUGGAAGGAGGCUGGACGCCGACGAGGUCUCGACCCGCCGUUACAACAUAAGUGUUGACAACAUGUACAUCGUGGUCCGAAUUCCCAUCGGCUCGCCCGACGGCUUCUUCAUGAGUCUUGUCCAGAAUAAUCAAUAUUUGGUCUGUUACGUGAUUGAGCCCAUGCUUGAGUUGCUGUGGAUUGAGGAGGCCACCAAUGAGGACAUAAGAUACAAAGUACUCUUCCCAAUCGUGACUCCGCCAGCACUUCAACCCAUAAAAGUCCAAGACAAAACUGUUCCAGAGGAGAAAGUGUUCAAAAUGCUGAUCGGGCCUUUUGCGUAUGACGUGGCUCUUGUCAACAUCACCUUCGGCGACGAGAUCCUGUCCGUCCAUGACUGCAAUAAGCGAGGCUUCAACGUGCAGGAGCGCCGCUCGCAGAGCAGCAGACUAAAGUUCAUUUCGCUCAAAGUUCCCUUUGCGGACCGCGUCGUCCAACAGAUGACAGAAGCAGAGGUUACGGUCUACUCUCUGCGCUUGACUUUUGGCCUGGCAGUCUUGCACAAGUUCAUGCCAUUUUGUCACACUGCUCAUUUGGAAGCUAAAUUGGCUGAAGUAGUUCCAACACCACCCCCAGGUCAAGCAUUCGCUACUGGCGGCUGCGAUGCCACGAACUUCUACAUUCUUGUGCAAUUCGGAGCAGAAGGCCACAACUUCCACACUCGUCUGGGGGCACGCGCUUUGACCCACAGCCUGGCUCUGGAGUACAGCUUCACCACCAACGGAACGCACUUCAGCAUAGUGGUGCCGCUUUCAUCUCAUGAUGUUGUCUACGAGGCUAUUGAGGGAUCAUCUAUACGGAGCAGACUUGACAUAUCUUUGAUAAAUCCAGAGACCAACCUCAACAUAAAUGACUUCACUCUGACUUGUCGCUUUCCUUCAACACUAACAGAAUGUUUACCCAACGGCACCAUGACGGCGCUUGCCAUCAAACUGGAGUCGGUCCCCAGCCUGAACCCCAGUGAGCUGACCCUGCUUGACCCGACCUGUGGGCCGGUCUACAGCAACAAACGCUUCGCCUAUUUUGUCUUCACUGGCAACACCUGCGGGACCACCAGGAAGUUUGUGUCGAAUUCGAUGCUCUAUGAGAAUGAAAUCUCCUUGCCACAACAAGCUGAACUGCCUACAAAUAAUGCCUCGCAUGAAGAACCUGAAUAUGACUUAAGGAUUUCAUGUUACUAUGACGUCAACACGAGUCGCUCCGUGACCUUCCACACUAGACCUCGCAGGAGUGAUCCGUAUGCAGAAAAUGGAAGAGGCGCGCUGCAAGUGGUGCUGAGGCUUGCUAUAGAUGAAUCCUACAGCGCAUUUUAUGGCUCCGCCAACUACCCCGUCUCAAAGUACCUGCAACAGCCGUUGUAUUUUGAGGUGGCGCUCCUGAGAUCGACCAACCCCAAAGUGUCACUGGAGCUGGAGACCUGCUGGGCCACGGUCGAUAUGGACAGAAGAUCCCACCCCCGAUGGAAUCUGAUCAUAAAUGGCUGUCCAAACCCAGUAGACCCAAACCAGGUCGUCUUCCAUCCGGUGUGGAAAAAUGCCGGAGUGGAGUAUCCAUCCCAUGUAAAGCGCUUUGAGGUCAACAUGUUUGCCUUUGCUCAAGACCAGGACAACUUGACUAAGCAGCUCUAUAUCCACUGCGACGUGGUCAUUUGUGACUCCCGAAUUCGCCUGAGUGACUCAUGUAAGAAGAGGUGGUGUUAUAGUCAAGACAACAGGAUGAAAGUUCAAAAGAGAGCCGCUUCAAAUGUGCAAGACGUCACAUCGGUGUCUUCUGGAUGCAUCUAUCUAAAUUGAUAAUAAAAGUGACUUUUAAACAUGA